GGCCCCGCCCCCGCCGCUGGUAUAUAAGGGGGAGCGUCGCUCUGCCGCCCGGCUUCGCUCAGGCUGCGGCGGGAGGGAGGCAAGAUGGCGUCCACGAGCCGUUUGGAUGUACUUCCAAGAGUGACUUGCCCAAACCAUCCAGAUUCCAUUUUAGUAGAGGAUUACAGAGCUGGUGAUAUGAUUUGUUCUGAGUGUGGGCUAGUAGUGGGUGACCGGGUCAUAGACGUAGGGUCAGAGUGGAGAACUUUCAGCAAUGACAAAGCUACAAAAGAUCCAUCUCGAGUCGGGGAUACCCAGAAUCCUUUGUUGAGUGAUGGAGACUUGAGUACAAUGAUUGGCAAGGGCACAGGUGCAGCAAGUUUUGAUGAAUUUGGGAAUUCAAAGUACCAAAAUCGCAGAACUAUGAGCAGCUCUGAUCGUGCAAUGAUGAAUGCUUUUAAAGAAAUUACGAACAUGGCAGAUAGAAUCAACCUCCCUAGAAAUAUAGUUGAUCGAACAAAUAAUUUAUUCAAGCAAGUGUAUGAGCAAAAGAGCCUGAAGGGAAGGAGUAAUGAUGCUAUUGCUUCUGCUUGUCUCUACAUAGCCUGUAGGCAAGAGGGUGUUCCAAGAACAUUUAAAGAAAUAUGUGCAGUGUCCAGGAUUUCAAAGAAGGAAAUAGGCCGGUGUUUUAAACUUAUUUUGAAAGCUCUCGAAACCAGUGUUGAUCUGAUUACGACUGGAGACUUCAUGUCAAGAUUCUGUUCUAAUCUGGGUCUUCCCAAACAAGUACAGAUGGCAGCAACACAUAUUGCUCGUAAAGCUGUGGAAUUAGAUUUGGUUCCUGGGAGAAGCCCUAUCUCUGUAGCAGCUGCAGCUAUUUACAUGGCAUCACAGGCUUCUGCAGAGAAAAGAACACAGAAAGAAAUCGGUGAUAUUGCUGGUGUGGCUGACGUUACGAUUAGACAAUCGUACAGGCUGAUCUAUCCUCGAGCUCCAGAUCUCUUCCCAGCAGACUUCAAGUUUGACACCCCAGUAGACAAACUACCACAGCUGUGAAAUUGCAGAGGGUUACUUUUAAUUUCUCUUAAAACCCCCAACGACAACAAACUUUUGAUUUUUGCCUAUAAUAAAGGAUGUACAAAGUGUUAAUAUUGAGUCUUCAUGUUGUGGAACUGGAGGAUAUGGAGAUGGAGCGUAACUGCUGGAACGCAGCACACAUUCCAAGGGUAAACAAGCUCAUUGUGUGGCAUUUUGUAUGUAUAUAUUAGUGGAAGUAAAUAUUUAAUGACUGUCGCAACAAGCUUAAUUUCAUAUUAUUGUACUUAUUUAGUUUUCUUUUGUAGGGAUCUAGUAAGAUGUAUUUUGGAAAAUUUAAAAUAUUAUGUAAUUCCCAAAUAAACUGUUUUCCAAAAACACUUACCAUCUUGUGAAUAUGACUGCAAUUUGACUUGCACAUGCUGAGAACUGGAAUGCAGUCCAUAGGAUGGUAGGGUUGGCUUCAUACUUACGGGCUGGGUCACCAGGCUCUUUCAACGCUCACUCGCUUUCUUGACAACUGGUAAUCUCUAGCAUGGCUUCAGUAUUUGUAGUUAGCUGUACAGUAGAGCGUGGGUGACUUAACCCAGAGUGCAAGCAGUUGCUGAAAAGUGGUUUGAAUAUUUGCACAACUGCUGCUGAAGAUUUCCAAAUUGGUUGUGAAGGGAUUAGUCGCAUCCUUGGCACAGUCUCCUGGAUUUUCACUGAUGUGUCUCUGCUUUGCUUCUGUGAAUUUGACGUAAUGAUGUAGCAGCUAAAGAGAAACAUAAGGACUCUUUAGUUGAACUCCUGACAACUUUGUGAUGCUUGGUAUGUACACAGGAAGGUAAAAAAUGUGGCUAGUGGAAGUCCCUGUUAAAUGUUCUGACCUGUCAGUCUGGCCCAGGGUUGAGGUUUUGGCACGGUGGUGUUGGCAGUGAGCGCUUCCCGGUCUGAAACGAUGCGCCAGGUGCGGAGGAGCGAAGGCCAGAAGUUAUUCGGGCCUCCCCAAAAGAACAGCUUUGAAAACUAGUUUCCUCCUGACAGUGUCCCUUUGUGUGCAAAGCAACAACUGUACUUAACUGGAAGUCUUCUAGUUCCUGGGUUAAUUUUGUAUCACAGGUGCAAAUUCAUUUUAAUUACCAAAAUGAACAGCUGAGGGGUCAGCUUGCUACACAUCUGGUCCAAAGCCACCCAGAGGGAAGGCUGUGUGUGCCAUGCCAAUGGCACUAAUUGUCAGUAGCCCUCCCUGUUUUCUUGCUGGUUUAGUUUUAAUAAUCCUCUUCUGCCAGUCGAGACUAUUGAAAUGUGACAGCUCAACACUUUUUUUUCUGUAACCAGAUAACAAAGAUUGUACAGUUCUGUUACACCACUGAAGCUGUUGGGUUGUACGCAUGAAAAAUUCUGGUGCAGAUGUUACAAGUGUUCUUGGUAGUUUGGAGGGAUUGUAUUCUACUGUCUAAUGUAUUUCCUUAAACUUUGUUGCAACGUUUUCUAUAACCUGGGCUUUCCCUGUCUUGCUCUGAGCUGCUCUGCCUGCCUCCUUUGUGGGAGGAGGUGUGAUGCGUUGGGCCUGACCUUUAAUGUAGUUACAGUUUGGAAAUGCAAAGGUGAAAGUUCUUCUACUGUGAAGGUGCUUUUCACAAUAGAUCAGUAUGUUAAACCUAUUACAUGCAGGUUAAAAAUGGUUGAAGCUUUUGUUUACAAUAAUGCUGCUCUUUUAAAUGCUUUUGGGCAUUAUGCCGUGGGAUAAUAUAUAUGACGUGGGAACGGUGAGUGCUUGCAGUUGAAAUUGUUACAUACAGAAGUCGUCUGCACUGAAAUUUCAGUACAUCUGUGCAAAGCGUGGGAGGGCAGCAGAUGGAGGCAGGGACAUGCUCUCCUGCCUCGACCCUGCCUCCUCCUGCGGCUCUGGGAGCAGUCCCUGCACCUUCCCGGGGGUGGAGGGGCAGGAACUGUGCAGCCCAGAGAGGCAGAACCAGGAAUAUGCUUGAAGGGGCUGAGUCUUCUGAAACCCGGUUACUCCUGGUCCCUGUAGACUACGGUUAAUGUGAAGCAUUCUAGG